UCAAUCAGUUUAAGUUGAGUUCUUGACCAUGAAACAUUGUCAAAAUAUCAUUCUCUGUAUAGUACUAAUACUGAUAUCUUGGUCAACGCAUGUGAAAAGUGUAGCCGAAUGGGCCAAUACGGAAGAAGGCAAAAAAUAUUUCAUUGAAGACAGAUAUGAGUACACCUGGCUGGAGUCUUUGCAUGAAUGCGCCAAGCGCAACUUAUCAUUGGUAACUUUAGAUUCGGCAGAAAAAAAUAAUGAUUUUGUGAAAUUAAUGAAAAAUCGUUAUGGCCGUGGUCUAGAUUUAUGGAUUGGAGGUUCUGCCUCUACGGCUGAAAAUUCCAUGCGUAAAUUUGUUUGGGCUUCAAAUGGCAAAACCUUUCAAUUUGCCCACUGGCAAGAGGGUGAACCAAAUAAUUUGGGCGGCGAACAGCCCUGUGUGCAUACCUGGUCCAUAUCAAAAGACUUUCGUUGGGCUGAUGGUCAGUAUCAUUUGAAAUACGGUUAUAUAUGUGAAGAAACUACUUUAUUGUACAAAUGCUGGGGGAGUUAGUGCUUAUAAUUAGUUAUUAAAAGUUUAAUAAUUCAUUUAAAUUAAAUAAUGUUUAAAUGAACAGAUAUACAAAAUAAAGUUCUUUUGAACAAUAAAUAUGGUCAAUGACAUUGAUUGUUUGUUUAUCUU